GUGGACGCCAAACCCGUAGCGUGUAACUACACAUGUGUAUGAUUGAAGGUUAGUCAGAUUUGUACCUAUUCUUUCUCUUAGUUUUAGUGAUUGCAAUCAAACGUUUAAAGCUAUAUUAGCAAUAAAUCAUAACCAUGGGUAAACAACGUAGAAAACGCACAUCAUUUCACACAUCACCAGCAACACGUAGUACGGUUCCACCAAAUAUCGAUGAGGUAUCAGCUCAAGAUCAAUCAGCUGAUUCACUGAACACUACACCAAUUAAUUUCACAGUACCCGACAAUCUGUUUGCAAAUGUAAACAUAAACUUUGCAUCGAUAAAACAAUCCUUAAACGAUGAUACUCGAAGUGUAAAAUCGUUUAAAUCUGCCAAAUCUGACUUGGCAGCAGCUGACAAAGCAAUGAGCAAGAAGGACAAGUUAAAACUACGAAAGGAACUACUACUGCAGAAAAUUGAUGCCCUCAAUCAACAGAAAAAGGAAGCUAACAAGAGAAACAAGAGAAGAAAGUUGCCAGUAAUUGGUGAUACAAAUCCAUUACUAGAUGCUCUCCCAUCACUUGAGUCAUUGAUGACAAAAAAGAGAGAAGCUCCUGUUCAAAAAUCAUCAAAAUGCAUACAGAAGGCCACAAAGAGAAAGAAAGAAGCCAUUAAGAACAUGCAGAUUUAUAAAUCUAUCACAAAGAAGAAAGAAUUUAUUGCCAAUCCUCUUCUUGCUGUUACACAGCACAUCAGAGCUGUGGUUGAGGAAGAAAAGAUGAAACAACAAAUUAAGAAAACUAACAAGAAAUAAGCACAAUUAGAACACAGGAUUGAUUAGAUUCAAUGUAUUAUAUUUAAUUAAUUACAUUGUAGAACCGUCACAAGCAUACAAUGAGGACAAAUAAGAAAAUGACUUGUUUUGAAA